UGGGGCCCCCGGCGCCGACACCCGCUGCUGCCGCUGCUGCUGCCGCUGCUGCUACUGCUGCUGCCGCCGCCACCCAGGGUCGGGGGCUUCAACUUAGACGCGGAGGCCCCAACAGUGCUCUCUGGGCCCCCGGGCUCCUUCUUUGGCUUCUCGGUGGAGUUUUACCGGCCGGGGACAAACGGGGUCAGUGUGCUGGUGGGAGCACCCAAGGCUAACACCAGCCAGCCAGGAGUGCUGCAGGGUGGUGCUGUCUACCUCUGUCCCUGGGGCACCAGCCUGGCACAGUGCACCCCUAUUGAGUUUGACAGCAAAGGAUCUCGGAUCCUGGAGUCCUCACUCUCCAUCCCAGAGGGAGAGGAACCUGUGGAGUACAAGUCCUUGCAGUGGUUUGGAGCAACAGUUCGAGCCCAUGGCUCCUCCAUCUUGGCCUGCGCUCCACUGUAUAGCUGGCGCACGGAGAAGGAGCCUCUGAGCGAUCCCGUGGGCACCUGCUACCUCUCCACAGACAACUUCACCCGAAUCCUAGAGUACGCACCUUGCCGCUCAGAUUUCAGCUGGGCAGCGGGACAGGGUUACUGCCAAGGGGGCUUCAGUGCCGAGUUUACCAAGACUGGACGUGUGGUCCUGGGUGGACCAGGGAGUUAUUUCUGGCAAGGCCAAAUCCUGUCCGCCACCCAGGAGCAGAUUGCAGAAUCCUAUUACCCCGAGUACCUGAUCAACCUCGUUCAGGGGCAGCUGCAGACUCGCCAGGCCAGCUCCAUCUAUGAUGACAGCUAUCUGGGUUACUCUGUGGCCGUGGGUGAAUUCAGUGGUGAUGACACAGAAGACUUUGUUGCUGGAGUGCCCAAAGGGAACCUCACCUAUGGUUAUGUCACCAUCCUUAAUGGCUCAGAUAUUCGAUCCCUCUACAACUUCUCAGGGGAACAGAUGGCCUCCUACUUUGGCUAUGCAGUGGCUGUCUCAGAUAUCAAUGGAGAUGGGCUGGAUGACUUGCUGGUGGGGGCUCCGUUGCUGAUGGAGAGGACAGCAGAUGGGCGGCCUCAGGAGGUAGGCAGGGUCUAUGUCUACCUGCAGCAGCCAACAGGCAUGGAGCCCACACCCACCCUCACCCUCACUGGCCAUGAUGAGUUUGGCCGAUUUGGAAGCUCCUUGACACCCCUGGGGGACCUGGACCGGGAUGGCUACGGUGAUGUGGCCAUUGGGGCUCCCUUUGGUGGGGAGACACAGCAAGGAGUGGUGUUUGUGUUCCCUGGGGGCGUAGGGGGCCUGGGCUCUAAGCCUUCCCAGGUUCUGCUGCCCCUAUGGGCAGCUGGCCACACGCCACACUUUUUUGGCUCCGCCCUUCGAGGAGGCCGAGACUUGGAUGGCAACGGAUACCCUGAUCUGAUCGUGGGAUCCUUUGGUGUGGACAAGGCUGUGGUGUACAGGGGUCGCCCCAUCGUGUCUGCCAGUGCCUCCCUCACCAUCUUCCCCGCUAUGUUCAACCCAGAGGAGCGAAGCUGCAGCUUGGAGGGAAACCCUGUGGCUUGCAUCAACCUUAGCUUCUGCCUCAAUGCCUCUGGAAAACACGUUCCUGACUCCAUCGGCUUCACGGUGGAGCUCCAGCUGGACUGGCAGAAGCAGAAGGGAGGAAUACGGCGAGCGCUCUUCCUAGCCUCCAGACAGGCAACCCUGACCCAGACCCUGCUCAUCCAGAACGGGGCUCGGGAGGAUUGCAGGGAGAUGAAGAUCUACCUCAGGAAUGAGUCAGAGUUCCGAGACAAACUCUCCCCAAUUCACAUCGCCCUCAACUUCUCCCUGGACCCCCAAGCCCCUGUGGACAGCCAUGGCCUCCAGCCAGUCUUACAUUACCAGAGCAAGAGCCGCAUAGAGGACAAGGCUCAGAUCCUGCUGGACUGUGGAGAAGACAACAUCUGUGUGCCGGACUUACAGCUGGAAGUGUUUGGGGAGCAGAACCACGUGUACCUGGGUGACAAGAACUCUCUGAACUUAACUUUCCACGCCCAGAAUGUGGGUGAAGGUGGCGCCUAUGAGGCUGAGCUUCGGGUCACAGCUCCUCCGGAAGCUGAGUACUCAGGACUCGUCAGACACCCAGGGAACUUCUCCAGCCUGAGCUGCGACUACUUUGCGGUGAACCAGAGCCGCCUACUGGUGUGUGACCUGGGCAACCCCAUGAAGGCAGGAGCUAGUCUCUGGGGUGGCCUUCGGUUCACAGUCCCUCACCUCCGGGACACAAAGAAAACGAUCCAAUUUGACUUCCAGAUCCUCAGCAAGAAUCUCAACAACUCGCAGAGUGAAGUGGUUUCCUUCCGGCUCUCAGUGGAAGCUCAGGCCCAGGUCUCCCUUAACGGUGUCUCCAAGCCUGAAGCAGUGCUAUUCCCAGUGAGCGACUGGCACCCCCAAGACAAGCCUCAGAAGGAGGGGGACGUGGGCCCCGCUGUACACCACGUCUAUGAGCUCAUCAACCUGGGCCCCAGCUCCAUUAGCCGGGGCGUGCUAGAGCUCAGCUGCCCCAAGACUCUGGAAGGGCAGCAGCUCCUCUACAUGACCAAGUUUACAGGACUCAGCAAUUGUACUGCCAGUCACCUCCCCAACUCAGAGCACCUGGAGUUGGAUCCCGAGGGUUCCCAGAACCACAGGCUGCAAAGACGAGAAGCUCCAGGUCAGAGCCCUGCUUCCUCAUGGCCUCAGAUCCUGAAAUGCCCAGAGGUGGAGUGUUUCAGGCUGCGCUGUGAGCUCGGGCCACUCCAUCGGCAAGAGAGCAGAAGUCUGCAACUGCAUUUCCGAGUUGGGGCCAAGACCUUCCUGCAGCGGGAGCACCAGCCAUUUAGCCUGCAAUGCGAAGCUGUGUACGAAGCCCUGAAGAUGCCUUACCGAAUCCUGCCUCGGCAACUUCCCCGAAAGGAACUUCAGGUGGCCACAGCUGUGCAGUGGACCAAGGCAGAAGGCAGCCACGGUGUCCCACUGUGGAUUAUUAUCCUAGCCAUCCUCAUUGGCCUCCUACUCCUAGGUCUGCUCAUCUACAUCCUCUACAAGCUCGGAUUCUUCAAACGCUCCCUCCCAUAUGGCACCGCCAUGGAAAAGGCUCAGCUCAAGCCUCCAGCCACCUCUGAUGCCUGACGUUUCUCGAACACAGACUCCCAACCCUGAAGGCCCAGUCUCCCCACCCUCAGUCUGCUGACGAGGAGGGGGCUGAGUGCUUCCUGAAGGUGCUGAGGGCCAGGGAGAAGCUCCUCUCCCCAGCCCAGAGACAUACUUGAAGGGCCAGAGCCGGGAGGUGAGGAGCUGGGGAUCCACACUCCCAUGCACUGUGAAGGACCCUCGUUUACACAUGCCCUCCUCAUGGAUGGGGGAAUUCAGAUCCAGGGACAGAGGCCCCAGCCUCCCUGCAGCCUUUGCAUUUUGGAAAUAGUUUCCUGAAAACAACUUGGAACCAGAACUGGGGAAUCCAAUCCCAGUCCUCUGGGCCAGACUUCCCACCAGGACUUUCUGUCCAGCUCCAGCCUGCAAAGAUCUGUCCUCCACUUUGCCAGAGAUCCACAGGAAGCCUCCAGUGAAGAACCUGGAACCUGGGGAGUGAAACCUGGCAGCUCUGAACAGCCUCACCCUGGUGGGCCAAUAAAAAACACUAACCGUGGAUGGUGCCCCAGGACCAGCUCAGGACAGAUCCCAAACAAGGAUCGACACUGGCCCAGAACCAGCUCCAAGGUUGAAUCAGAACUCUACUGGGUCCAGAUCGAACCUGGGGCCUGAGAUAGAUCUGGGACCCUGACUCAGACUUUGGUAACCUAACCAGGCAAUCCAGGACUACAUUUGAGCCUGCUCCAGACCUGGGCUUGGAGGCCCAAUCCACCUCUGACUCGGGAGAAGUCAGGAAUUGCCCAGGACCUGAAGGGGCCAUGAUGGCAACACAUCUGGAACCUCAGCCUGGCCAAAGGCAGGCCCUCCCAGUCCCCUGGAGAAAGGGGAGCCCACUGUCCUGGGCCUGCAGGAUUUGGGUUCUGCCCUCCAGCUGCACUGACGCUGCCCUUCCUCUCCCUGCCCAACCCUUCCCUCACCUCAGCUCCGGACACCCGGGACUUAUUUAAACUCUGUUGCAAGUGCAAUAAACCCGGCCCGGUGCUCCCACUGACCAGAGCUGGAAUCUGUCCUACCCCACUCCUUCCACACCCAUCCUGGAACCAGACGGCCUGGUGGGUAGGAAAAGCCUAUGUAGGUCUUCACAGCUUCUUUCCACUGAGAGCCAGGAUUAUGACCCCCAGGAACUCUGGAACUCGAUUUUGGAUUCCUUUCUCUUAGGUGAAAGAGAAGAUAGAAAGAGUGAAAGGAGGGUUUGACUCCUUUCACCCAGCCCUAUCAGAUCUGGUCUCCAACACCUCCAAGAGAGAAUGGAAAGAAAUCUCUUCUCUUUGAAAAAUAGGAAAGAAUGCAAAGGGAGAGGUCCAGGUUGAAGGUGAGGGAAGAUGAUCCAGAAGACUCACCUGGGCUUCCCUAAAUCAGGAUAAUGAAAUAAGUUGAGAGAAAAAGCCACUAAACUAAAUCAGAAGAAAUCA